CUAUUUAAUAACAAAAAAAUCCCUAAUUGUCGAGAGUCAAGAGCAUGUACAAGUAAUAAGCCAGAUUGCGAGAAUCCCAUACGAAAAAAUUCCACAUUUUACUCAUUUACAUAUGCGAAAAUUCGUCUGCAUACUGCCCGGUAGUGAUUAUAAGAGGUGCUCGAUAUGGGUAAGGCGAAAAAGGGACGAAAAGGAGCUAAGGGUGACGAAAGUGAUUCCGAUGUCGAGGUAGAAGCGACGGACAUCAUCGGAAAGGACCCCACGAAGAAGACGAAAGCUAAUAAACAAAAACAAGGCAAAGAACAAGAUGAAGGCAACGAAAAUAAAUCAAAUAAAGGAAAAAAAGAAAAAUCUCACGAUUCUGAUGAUGAGGUACCUAAAGCUGACAAGCAGAAACAAGAUGAAGGCAACGAAAAUAAAUCAAAUAAAGGAAAGAAAGAGAAAUCUCACGAUUCUGAUGAUGAAGUACCAAAAGUUGCUCAAAAAUUUGCACUUUUAGAAGUAGAAAGUGGUCCAGAAGUGGAAUCUGAUCAAGCCGAAAGCGACAAUGAAACGAAAAAAGUUACGAAAAAGCCUGAAAAAGGUAGAAAAGGCAAAAAAGAUCGUAAAAAGAAAGCAGAAAGUGAUGAAGACAUUGAUAAAGUUUUAGCUGAAUUAGAAAUGGAAUAUUCAGGUGGAAAAAAAGAAGAAAAACUUGAGGAAAAGCCAAUAGUUGAAGAAAAAAAAGUUGAAAAUGUCAAAAAACCGGAAAAACAAAUUUCUGUAGAAGAAGAAAACAAAGAAGAUGUUCAAGAAGGAACUGUUAAAACCGCAGCACAAAAGAAAAAAGAGAAAAAAGAACGCGAAAAACAGAAAAAAUUAGCAAUCAAAAAAUCAGGGAAUGAGAAAAAAGAAUCAACACCACAACCCUCUGAAACAGAAAAACCUGAAUUAACCGAAUCCAAACCAGAAGAAAAAGGAGAUGAAGAUGCUGAAGAUAAAACUGAAAAAGAUGGCAAAAAAAAGAAAAAGAAAGGUAAAGAAACAGUAGCAGCAGCGAAAGAAGAUGCGAAAAAAGGUCCAGGAAAGAAAACAAUAGCGGCUAUGCAAGAGGCAUUAAAAAAAUUACGCGAAGAAGAAGAAAGAUUGAAAAAGGAGCAAGAAGAAAGGAUACGAAGAGAAGAAGAAGCUGAACAAGCUCGCUUAGAACAACUAAGAUUAGAACAAGAAAAGAAAGACAGGAAGAAAAAAAAAGAAAAGGAACGAAAAGAACGAUUAAAAGCUGAAGGAAAAUUAUUAACAAACAAACAAAAAGCGGAUCGCGCAAGAGCUCAAGCAAUGAUUGAUAGUUUAAAAGCUCAAGGUGUUGAAUUACCAGACGUCGGCGAACGAAAACCGCGACCAGGAACUAGAAUAAGACCGAAAAAAAUGGAUAAAGAUAAGGAACAAACCCCGGACGGUGAAGGCGAGACAAAAGAUGAAGGGGAAAAUCAAGAAAUUAAAGAAGAACUCGAAACUGUUGGUUCUACCGAGAAAAAAGAAGGUGAAAUAGAACCUGAUACACCCGAAGAUGAUGUUAAAGAUGCUUGGGAUGCUGAUAGCUCGGAAGAUGAGGGAUCAGAAGAAGUUUCAGAACAAAAACAUGAGAAAAACGAAUUCGAAUCGAAACAUGAAAAAGAUGAUGAAGAAAGUAGUAGUGAAGAUGAUGAUGAUGAUGAAGAGGAUGAAACGGAUUCUGAUUCUGAUGAUUCGGAGGUUGAAGAUGAACAUUUAACCGAUGCUGAGAAACGUCGGGCAAAGGCUUUGGCGCGAAUUGAAGAAAGAAAAUUAGAGGCGGAAAAGAAUAAAACGAUAGAAAAUUUACGUGCGGCGAUUGUUUGCGUUUUGGGACAUGUAGAUACUGGAAAAACGAAGAUUUUAGAUAAACUUAGACGUACGAAUGUACAAGAUGGAGAGGCUGGGGGAAUUACGCAACAAAUUGGUGCUACUAAUGUACCUAUUGAGAAUAUUAAGGAAAAUAUUCGAUUUGUUAAAGGGGCACCAGAGAUGCAAUUAAAACUCCCAGGACUAUUAAUAAUAGACACACCCGGUCACGAAUCAUUUUCAAACUUAAGAAACAGAGGUUCCUCUUUGUGUGACAUAGCUAUUUUAGUCGUAGACAUAAUGCACGGUUUAGAACCUCAAACGAUUGAGUCGAUUAAUCUCCUAAAAUCAAAGAAAACCCCAUUCGUUGUCGCAUUAAACAAAAUCGAUCGACUUUACGACUGGCAAACUUUAAAUCGCAAAGAUGUACGCGAUAUUAUCAAAGCUCAAGCAGCCAAUACUCAACUAGAAUUCGAAGAACGUACUAAACAAGUGACUUUACAAUUCGCUGAACAAGGUUUAAAUGCUUCAUUAUUUUACGAUAAUCCGGAUAUAAGAAGUUAUGUAUCCUUGGUACCUACGAGUGCAGUUACUGGGGAAGGAAUGGGAAAUUUAUUGGCUUUAAUUGUAGAGUAUUCCCAGAAUAUGUUGGCGAAACGAUUAAUGUAUUCAGAUGAAUUACAAGCGACCGUUUUGGAAGUUAAAGCAAUUCCUGGAUUAGGAACAACGAUUGAUGUUAUUUUAGUGAAUGGUACACUUAGGGAAGGUGAUUCAAUGGUUCUAGCGGGAACCGAUGGACCGAUUGUUACCCAAAUUCGAUCUUUGUUAAUGCCACAACCUAUGAAAGAAUUAAGAGUGAAGAAUGCUUAUAUAGAAUAUAAAAGUGUAAAAGCGGCUCAAGGUGUGAAAAUAGCCGCUAAAGAGCUUGAAAAAGCGAUAGCUGGUUUAAAUUUGUAUGUGGCUCAUAAAAGCGACGAAGUGGAUAUCGUUAAAGAAGAAGUUGCGAGGGAACUUAAGUCCGCGCUCUCUAGUAUUAAAUUGCAAGAAAGAGGCGUUUAUGUUCAGGCAUCGACUUUGGGGUCAUUGGAAGCUUUAUUGGAGUUUUUAAGAACAAGCAAAAUUCCGUAUUCCGGUAUUCGUAUUGGUCCAGUUGUUAAAAAAGAUGUAAUGAAAGCAUCGAUUAUGUUAGAACACGAAAGCCAAUACGCAACAAUUUUAGCAUUCGAUGUUAAAAUAGAAAGAGAUGCUCAAGAAUUAGCGGAUAAUUUAGGGGUUAAAAUCUUCCAAGCGGAUAUAAUUUAUCAUCUUUUCGAUAAAUUCAUCGCGUAUAGAGAUGAAUUGAAGCAAAAGAAACGGGAAGAAUUCAAGAACAUCGCCGUUUUUCCUUGCAAAUUGCGGGUACUUCCUCAAUUCAUCUUCAAUUCCAGAGAUCCUAUUGUUAUGGGCGUUAUGGUUGAAGCUGGAAUUGUUAAAGAGGGGACUCCAAUUUGCGUUCCAAGCAAAGAAUUUGUCGAUCUUGGUAUUGUAACAAGUAUCGAAAAUAAUCACAAAGCCGUCGAAUCAGCACGAAAAGGUAUGGAAGUAUGUAUUAAAAUUGAACCAAUUCCAGGCGAAUCCCCGAAAAUGUUUGGAAGACAUUUCGAUGAUAAAGACUUUUUAAUUAGCAAGAUAUCAAGGCAAUCUAUAGAUGCAUGUAAAGAUUAUUUUAGAGAUGAUCUGGUGAAGACGGAUUGGCAAUUGAUGGUGGAGCUGAAGAAGAUCUUCCAAAUAUUGUAGCCAAUCAUCAUAAAGUUACUAUUUUUUUUAAUGGUCAUUUAAAAUCGAACCCCAACAAACAAUGUCUCUUUAAUCAGUAUCAUUAAUGAAAAAAGUAUGUGGAUUAAAAUAAAAUACAUGAAAAAAAAGUAUAAUAUACAAGUUAACGUGAG